GCCCCAAAGCUUCUUGCGCUGAGCGCGUGACAUUCCCGACGCCCACCGCCUCCCACGCUCUCAAAGUGCUCGAGCUCGUCGGCUCACGCAUCCUGCACGGCGAGGACCCCAACCUCAACGUUGUGUACAAUUCUGCCACUUAUUAACGCCUUUUAUGAACAGUAACGACCAUUUCACGACAAAUGUAUACCACACAGGACCCUCAUCGAGGGCUCGAAACUCCUCCUCCCGCUUCUCGAUUCCGGCGUCCAUGGUCUCCAGAACCAUACGAUCCUGCACCCUCGAGCUCAUUAUCUAGAUAUCCAGAAUUUAGAAAUCAGGAUGAUCCGCAGACUUCAAGUAGCCGUAACCGAGGAAGAGAGCCUUCAGACGUCUCUGUUGAAGCUCUCGAUCUUGCCGACUAUGCAAGGACCCUAGCUCGCAAUACGAAUACCCAUAGCUACGCGCCGAUACACCGCUCGAAUUAUAUCGAGCAGCAGGCUCAUCCUUUUCUUCCGUACGACCAAUACCCACCCUCACCUCCACCUCUCCGUCCCUUUGCUCUAGCAAGCCAAGACUCUCUUUCGCCACCGUCCUUACUAUCUCCCUCGGCCUCAAGUGCUCAAUCUCGCUCAGGUUCCUCAUCGACCCGUUCCUUCGCCCCCCGCCAUCGUCCGUUCUCACUACCCACACCUUCUUUGCCUCAACGUUCGCUGCAGAGUCAUCCAUCGCAAACUGAAUAUAACAACGCCGACGGUGGUCGGCAGGGGAUCUACCAUGGUUUCAAAUCUGAACCCGAGAUUGACAUCACUCAAUUUCCUGCUUUCACUCGGGGAUGGUAUGCUAAAAGACCUGAGCUUGGUUCUCAAGAACCCUACGAUCCUUACUCACCUUCCGACUCAUUAUACAAAGGCUCUAAUGACCCGCAUAAGGUCUCUCCAUUUGACCCUUCGUAUGAUACUAACAAUUACCCUUCUCCUCCUCCUUCCUAUCCUCACAUCCCCGCUCAUGGCUCUCGGUCAUCUCGCGAUGCCAACCUUUUCCCAUGGAGCGCUGACCCACCAGAAAAUCAGCCUCCUCUUGAUCCUGAGAUCAAAGAAGAGCGUAUGCGUAUGUUGGAAAGAGAGUUUGGUGGUAAGGGCAAAGGGAAGAGUUUCGAGGAUGAUGAGAAAGUUGUUGGAAGUGUCGAUGGAAAGGGGCGAAUCCUCACGGAAGGUCCGAAGAAACGUCUGGCUGUUAGAUGGCUGCAAAUCCUUUUGGCUCUUAUGGCCGGAGGAGCAAGUAUAUAUGCUGGACUCGCUAUCAAACCUUCUCCUCCGCCUCCCCCAGCAGGCAAACCUCCAUUAUACGUCUUAUACGUCCUUUCAGUGCUCACCUUCCUCUUCUGCACCUACUUCUUUCUAAUCUAUCCUUCCUGUUGUGGUGCUCGCAAGGCUUCUGCCCCAAGUAAUCCAUAUACUUCAGGCCCGGGAGGCAUGAUGGUCCUCCCCGUCCAGGGUCUCCCAGGCAAGAAAGGUGGCAAGAAGAAAAAGAAAGGCAAAGGUGGUAUGCCAGGCGACGUUCAGGUCAACCUCAUCGUCGAUCCUAGUAUGUUCGGAGGACGACCGCCCGCUGAAGACGAAUCAGAAGAUGCUUCUGAGUCUGAGUUUGGUCUUCCCGGCUCAUAUACGUCUUCAUCAAGACCUGGUGGGAGACGAAGGCGUGGCGGAGGGAAGAGGAGACGUGGAAUAUUUGAAGGAUUAGCGGUGGAGGCACAGUGGAAGAGGGCGAGAAAGAUGUUGAAGUGGGUGAUGCUUGUGGAUGUUUGUGGGAUGGUGCUUUGGGGAAGUGAGUUUGUGUUCGUGUUGAUAGGGAAGAGAUGCCCAAGUGGUGGGUUCGAAGGGUGGUGCGAUGCGUACAAUCUCUCGAGCGCUGCUGCCUGUCUCCUUUGCGUCGCUUUUGGUUUCAGCACGUUCUUCGACAUCAAGGACCUUCAUAAGAGUAAAUCGUCUCCAAGGACGCGGACAUGAUGCAUCCAUUUCUUAUUCUGUUGACCGCAUAUCUUCAUGUCGGCUGGACCACGGACUUGCUUCAUCAUAUCCUCUGCUUUACAGCAUCUACUACUUUUUAAUGACUGUUACGACAUCUUAUGACAUGAACACUGACUUAUUGUUAUCUGUAAUGAAUUAUUUUGUAUGCCUCU